AUGGAGGUGACCACCGUGUCCCCAUCUCCUGCCUCAGCCACGGAAGGAGAUGAUCUGUGUGAGACAGAUGUCACCAGUGUGGCCAUACACAGUGUGACCAUGCUCAUCUGCCUCUGUGGGCUGGCUGGGAACGGGGCUGUCAUCAGCCUCCUCAGCCUGAAAGUCAACAACUCUGGCAUCUUUCUCCUGGCUCUUGUCGACUUCCUCUUCCUCCUCUUUGCAAUCCCCUCUGCCCUCCUCAUCCUGGUGGAGGACGUGUCCUGCUCUCCUGUCUUGCCCUUGAUGUACAUGAACUUCGUUUUCCAGCUCUCAGUUUUCUCCUGCUACUGGGCACUGUACCGGGUGACGGUCGGCAACAACGAGCGAUAUAUGCGGAACUUCUUCAAGCUCUGCUGCCACUGUGACCCUCCUCUGCGCCUGCUGUGGGUACUGGUCCAUAUCAGAUACUGGGCCUUCUUUGUUGUCUUCACUGUCAUGCCCACGGUGACAUUCCUGUGCCCAUCACACCAGCAGGAGCACUGCCAGGCAGCUCUCAUCUCCAUGUACCUCAUCAUCCUGCUCCUCAUUGCUGCACCCAUGCUCAUUUCAAGCACAGGUGAUUUCUUUCAGGCCAAGUGGGGCUCCCAGCAGCAGCAGCCUGAGACGCGCGACAUCGUUAUCUUCGUCAUUGGGCUCCUCACUCUCCUCCUCAGCCUCUGGAAUUUCCUGCAGGAGUUUGGUUACAUCGAUGUGCCCUCCCAGGUUGUUUUCCUGAUCACCUGCAUCAACAGCAGCAUCAAACCCUUCAUCUACUUCUUGAUGGGGAGGUGCUGGAGGCCCUGCUCCAUGGAGUCCCUCCAGCUCUCCCUCCAGAGGGUCUUUGAGGGGCAGAAAAUAAAAAAUGCACGCAAAAAUGAUGCCACCAGGGACACGGGGGUUUGA